CAUCACUUCCUACUUUCGCUUUGGAGCUGAGCCGAGGCCUGGCCUGGGGGAGGCGGGUACCCCCCUGGCCCCCCGGGUGGCACAGGGAGCUGGGUGUUGGGGGACCAAGCCACAGUGCCUGAUGUGAUGUGGAGCUCGUUGGGGGUGGCUCCUGCAGCCCCCCCAGCCUCCCACACUUCCUCCUGGCUGAGGUACAAAAGGAGAAGCAGGCAGGCACGGCGUGGGCACAGGCACACUGCAGCGUCCCCCCUGGCACCCAGCAAACACCUUGGGGCAUCCCACAGCUCCCAGCCACAGACCCCCGGGGACAGCCAUGGCAGGAGACGGGGAGCUCAACCGUAUCAUCAAGGACCUGCACAAGACUGUGGACGAGCUGAACCGCAGCUACCGGGAGCAGAACCUGCCAGUGACAGACGGGAGCCGGGAGUUGCACAGCCUCUGUGCCCAGCUGGAGUUCCUCCUUCAGUUUGACCUCAAGGAGAAGAAGAGCUUCUUUGGGCAGCGCAAGGACUAUUGGGAUUUCUUGUGCCAGGGCCUGGCACAGCGCCGGCAGGAGCACGAGGGCAUUCGCUUCGUCACCUCCCUGGACAAGCUGAAGACCCCCGUGGGCAGGGGCCGAGCCUUCCUGCGGUACUGCCUGGUGCACCAGCAGCUGGCAGAGUCCCUGCAGCUCUGCCUCCUCGACACUGAGAACCUCCGUGAGUGGUACUACGCCCGCAGUCCCUUCCUGAGCCCCCAGCGCCGGGCCGAGAUCCUGGGCAGCCUCUACGAGCUGGACUGUGUCACCUUCCACCUGGCCCUCCACAGGGCUGACCUGGACACUGCUUGGCCCAUGUUCUCUGAGACACUGGUACGGCCCAGCCCGGUGGCCGGGAGCAGCCUGGCAAAGACGGCCCUGCAGACAGAUGAUACUUGCACCGGGAUGCAUGGAUGGCCCAAUGGCAUUACCCAUCCCACCGUGGCACACGGUGGGGUGCCAGCCCACCCAUGCCCACCUGCCUUGGCUGCCCUGCAGGUAGGGGAUGCAGAGGCGGAGGAUGCGGAGGAGGAUGUGGAGGUGAAGAGGGAUGUGAAAGAGGAGGUGGAGAAGGAUGAUGAUGAUGAGGAGGAGGUAAAGGAUGUGAACGUGGAGGUGAAGAAGGAUGUGGAAGAGGAUGAAGAAGAGGAGGUGGAGAAGGAUGAGGAGGAGGAUGGGGAGGAGGUAGAGGAGGUGGAGGUGGAGGAGGGCAUGGAAGAGGAGGUGGAGGAGGAUGAGGAAGAGAAGGUAGAGGACGUGGAUGUGGAGGAGGAAGAGGAGGUGGACGAGGAUGUGGAGGAGGAGGAGGUAGAGGACAUGGAAGAGGAGGAUGAAGAGGACAUGGAGGAGGAGGAGGUUGAGGACGUGGAUGUGGAGGAGGACGUGGCAGAGGAGGAGGAUGUGGAAGAGGACGAUGAAGAGGCGGACGAGAAGGAGCUGGAGGACACGGGUGCAGAGGAGCUGGAGGCCGCCCGUGGCGCUGGCCGCGCACCCCAGCCUGACGGUGACUGGGAGCCCGGCACGUCCCCGCCGCCCGGCACGGGGUGCGCGCCGGGCUCCACGCCACCGGUGCCGGGGCAGGACGGCAGGACGGCGGCGUCCCUGCGGGCGCUGGUGUCGCGGCUGCGGGCCGAGCUGGGGCAGCGGGAGGCAGCGGCGCGGGCGCUGGCGGCCCGGCUGGCGCGGGCGGAGCGGCGGCACCAGCGGCGGGAGCGGGGCAGCGCCCGGCGGGCCCAGCUGCGGGCGCGGGAGGCCGAGGCGCUGCGGGAGACCAACGCCUUCCUGGGGCGGGCGCUGGCGGCGGCGGGGCCGGGCGGCGGCGCGGGGGCUCUGGCGCGGGCGCAGGAGGAGGCGCGACGCUGGCGGGAGGUGGCGGAGGCGCGGGGCGCCCGGCUGGCCGCGGCGCUGGCGGAGGCGGCGGCGCUGGCGUCGCGCCUGCGGGAGUGCCGGGCGGCGCUGGCGGCGGCGGGGCGGCCGGCCGUGCUGGAGGGUGCCGGUGCCCCGGCCGAGGUGGCCGCCGUGGAGGAGGCGCUGCGGCGGGCGCUGGAGCUCGCCCGAGGCCCCCAGGAACCCCCCCCGGAGCCCCAGGUGGAGGGGGAGCCCGGCACGGCCGCCGACAUGGCCAUGCGCCUGGCCACCUUGGCCACGGCGGCGCGCGAGGAGGCCCGGCAGAGCCGGCAGCAAGUCCAGGCGCAGCGGCAGGAGGUGGCGCAGCUGCGGGAGCAGCUCGGCAGGGCUCGGCAGGAUGGUGAGCGCUGGGCAUCGGCGCUGCAGCGGGCGCAGAGGGAGGCCCUGGAGCGGGAGGCCACACGGGGUGCCGAGCAGGCACGGCAGCAGGAGCUCAUCCGCGACAUGAAGGGACGGCUGCUGGAGCUGCUGCGGGAGAAGGAUGCCCUGUGGCAGAAGACGGAAGGCAUCAACACCCCAAAGCCCAGCCCGGCACCCCAUGAUGCAGGGCUGUGCGCCCGCUGCCACAAGGAUUUCCGACUCCUCUCCCGGCGGUACAACUGCAGGUGGGCUGUGGCAGGCACCAGGAGGGGGGCACCAGCAUGGCACCACGGUGGCAGAGCUCUCACCACCCACUCUCUCAACAGGUUGUGCCAGGGCAAGGUGUGCCACACAUGCUCCGUGGACGUGGGCAAGCAGGGGCGCUGCUGCCUGCUUUGUUACCAGCAAAGGCACCCACAGGCUACAUGAGUCAAGCCCUUGCACCGUGCCUGGGACACCCCCUGCCCUGGCUGCCUCGUCUCAGGCUUACCAGGUACCUAGGUGUCUGGGGCCUGCAGGCAGGUCCUGCUGCCUGACAUUUUGGGUUUGAGAUAGGUCUUUCUUGUGGCUGGUCCACAAAAAAGAAAACAACCCAUUCCUGCUA